CUUGUUCGACACCAGUAUCUUGGAAUCCAAUUGGUGAACACUGUUGCCUUUCUAGCCAAUCAACUGACGUUUUUGUUUGAUAGUCUAUCAAUUCUUUUUCCGUGCAACGCGUGUUCAAGGUUUUCUGUGGAAAUUACUGUUGGGCCACAAUGGGAGUGUUGUCCACACUCAUAAGGGGCUUUACAAGAGGAGCAGACAGAAUGUCUGAAUUCACCAGCAAGAGAGGUUCAAGGACUCAUAAUAAAGGCAGAGGUGCAAGACCAAGUGGAAUAAAUCUCUCUAGCGGAAAGUUUAUGGCAAUACGGGCUAUGAUUCCAGAGUUUGUGGUACCUAAUCUGGACGGUUUUAAACUAAAGCCCUACGUGUCAUACCGGUGUCCAGAAGGAACAGACCCUCCAGUCACUGCAGAGAGUCUGUUUGCUGAAGUGGCGGCGCCUCGGAUUAAGAAGGACUUCAAUGAAGGGAUUUUUGACAAAGAGAAACUGGAGGAAUACGGAUUUGAACCCACACAGGACGGGAAGUUGUUUAAACUGUAUCCAAAGAACUAUGUGCGUUAAAAUAGACACCAGAUUACAGGGGAAGACUUCUACUGACAGUGGAUGCCAACCAAUCUUUUGCUGUGAUACUGCUGAAACUUAAUACUUUUUAUUGUCAUAUUUUUCUCAAGUACAAUAAAACCAAACAAAGAAGCCUGAUAUGAUAUUUGCAUUACUAGAAGUCUCCUUGGCCUUCUGUAUUUGUGUUAUUUUCAUUUUCCAGCCACCAUCAC